CCGUCUCCCCGACCCACCCUAUGACCCUGAGUGGAGCAGUGCCUGUGGCUGACACUAGAGGCUUCCUGCUGCUCGGUGGUUGUUUUGGUUAGCUGGAUGAUGCUAGCACAUGCUGUCUGCUGUAGCCGGCUGUAGUGGUGAUGGCUCUCCCAUAAAGCGGGGAGAGCAGGGGGGCUCUGUGUUUUCCGACCAAACACUCAAACAAGUUCCGUGGCCAUGGCUGGAGUUUUCGACAUCGACUUGGAUCAACCGGAUGAGAAUGUCUCUGACGACGACCUGGAGGAUGGGGGUCAGCUCGGUGAAUACAUGGACCAGUGCAGUGGUUUUGAAUUUAACAUGGACGACUGUGAGAAGAUUGAAAUUUCUGAGAACAGCGUGAAUAUGGGAACAGAGCAGAUCAGGCCUGAGUGCUUUGAGCUGCUGAAAGUUUUGGGGAAAGGUGGCUAUGGAAAGGUGUUUCAAGUUCGGAAAGUAGCGGGUGCCAACUCUGGGAAGAUAUUUGCUAUGAAAGUUUUGAAGAAGGCUAUGAUUGUGCGUAAUGCAAAAGACACAGCACACACCAAAGCGGAGAGGAACAUCCUGGAGGAGGUGAAGCAUCCUUUCAUUGUAGACCUCAUCUAUGCCUUCCAGACUGGGGGAAAGCUGUAUCUAAUCCUGGAGUACCUGAGUGGUGGGGAGCUGUUUAUGCAGCUGGAGAGAGAGGGCAUCUUCAUGGAGGACACGGCGUGUUUCUACCUGGCUGAGAUCUCGAUGGCGUUGGGUCACCUGCACCAGAAAGGCAUCAUCUACAGAGACCUGAAGCCUGAGAACAUCAUGCUAAAUAACAACGGUCAUGUAAAGCUCACAGACUUCGGUCUGUGCAAGGAGUCCAUCCACGACGGGACGGUUACUCACACCUUCUGUGGGACUAUUGAGUACAUGGCUCCAGAGAUCCUGAUGAGGAGCGGACAUAACCGUGCAGUGGACUGGUGGAGCUUAGGGGCCCUGAUGUACGACAUGCUGACAGGAGCACCUCCAUUCACCGGUGAAAACAGAAAAAAGACGAUUGACAAAAUCCUGAAAUGCAAACUCAGCCUUCCGCCUUACCUCACACAAGAAGCCAGGGACCUCCUGAAAAAGCUGCUGAAACGAAACGCCUCAUUACGGCUCGGAGCUGGACCAGGAGAUGCUGCAGAGGUCCAGGCCCAUCCAUUCUUUCGACACAUAAACUGGGAUGACCUCCUCGCCCGUAAAGUGGAGCCUCCAUUCAAACCUUUCCUGCAAUCAGCUGAUGACGCCAGCCAGUUUGACUCCAAGUUCACCAGCCAGACCCCCGUGGACAGUCCUGACGACUCCACGCUCAGCGAAAGUGCCAAUCAAGUCUUCCUGGGUUUCACAUAUGUAGCCCCAUCUGUGCUGGAAAAUGUCAAAGAGAAGUUCUCGUUCGAGCCAAAGGUCCGCUCACCGCGGAAGUUCCCUGGAAGCCCAAGAACACCUGUGAGUCCAGUGAAAUUCGUCGGGGGGGACUGCUGGCCUCGGCCUCCGACACUGACCGAUUGCCCGUCCCUGCUGUCCCCUGGUAACUCCGUGGAUCUGCCCAUGGAGGUGUCGGUGGUGGAGCACAUGGACACGAGCGGUGGAAGCAACUGUGAAGCCUCUGCUCCUCUCCCCAUCAGGCACCCUUCAGGCAUCAACGCAGGGUCAUACAAAAAGCAGGUUUACCCCCUGAACUCCAAACGACCUGAACAUCUACGCAUGAACUUAUGACACCCGGCUCGCCUGUGAACAUUUAGGACUCUUCCUCUUUUGUUGUUUUUCUCUCAAAGAGACUCUUAGAAUCUUUUUAAAUUGACUGACUGACACUGUCAAAGCAGAUCACCAGCCCUUCACGCAGCGCCUUCCCGUCUCUCGGCCUCUUAAAAGCUUCCAGACUCAGCCUGGCCUCCACAGCCUGAUGCAGAUAAUCAGCAGGUUCAGUACAGAAGACGUGUGGUCAGUCAAAGGAGAAGGUGCUCUCAAGGAAAGUUGACUUGCUUGUUAGCUUGGUUGUGUCAUCUGAUGACUGCUGGGGUGGUUUUGGUGGACUCAACUGGCUUUAUCAUGUGAUUGAAUGGUGCUCUUUUAUCGUCAACUUUGGACAAUGUUACUUUUGGUGUUUACAAGUAGAUGCCGCCAUCAGUGAGAGAUAAAGUGACAGGGGGAAGUUAAUUCUCCCUCAGUCGACCUUAUUUUUUUUUGUUCAUUGAUCAUGUUGUGAUAAAAAUCUAGCAAUUCACACUGUCAGAUGGCAGGACUCCCAAAAAAUCAGCAUAUCACUCGAGAUGUAGUUGAACAAAGCAGUGUUCAUUCUUUAAUAAGUCCAUGUGUUUCCCUGGAUAGUUGUAUCUCUUUUACCAAGGAAGCCACUAAAGCCAAAAUACAUGACAGAUAAUACCUGAAAGCAUUCUUUUAGAAAAACACAUGAUGCUGAAAGCUACACUGCAGCUGUUUUGCAAAGCAAAAGAAGACGAUUGCGGUUAGGUUAGAUCAGGGAAAUGAUCAUGGCUUGCACCUAAAAGAUCAUUAUCAAAAAGAAUUAAGAAUACACACCCUGUCUGAGUAGGUUUUUUUUUUUUACAGAAUUGAAUGGAUCCUGAUGUCAACAUAUUCUAGCACGAUUCAGCUGAAUGAAUUAGGUUGUGGUAGUUUAAAUGAGAACUUAAAAGUCAGGUAAAAGUCUGCAGAGAAGUCAUUUCUUGGGUUUCAGCCAUGAACACGGCACAAUUACAAAUUGCACCAAUUUAAUUGUAUCUUUGUGAAACAGUGAUCUUGAAUAAAUACAAAGUCAGCUCUGUUUGAAGUUACAAUAAGGCGUAGGGUCAAUCUUAGGGUUGAGCUAAGUUACUGAAAUAUUUCUUUUGUAAAGGCUCUACUCGUAUAGCUACCACAGUUACUGAAAAAUACAUAUCACACUAACAAAACUCUGGGAGUCAUUCACUUGUUAUAGAUUAAGGCCACUAAUAGCACCAAAUUGCGCCAAUUGCACCAUCUUCCCGCUAUCUCAUGGUCUGGUUCACAAAGCAUAUCAGACUAAUGAUAUUCCAGUGCAAACAGACCUGUAGAGUUUUGUAGAUCAGUGCUGUUUGCUCUUGUUUUGCGUCUGACUGAGGAGAUGAGCUGUCAGCAUCCUCACUCUCUGCUGUGCUGAGCUGCGCUGUGCGCUCUCUUCCUAACAUAGUUCAAAUCUGUGCACAUACAAAUGAGCUCCACAGGGAGGGGACCCGUCAUACAAGUGUUGUCAUGAUCACUGCAAAGUUACAACGUGCCAUACCUUAAGAAUACUACCACCAGCUCUCAGCAGACUGUAAAUAUGAUGCAUGUGGCUGUUAGUGCUUGUGUUUGUGGAUGUUUUUGGUUCAUUUGAAACAAAUUUGCCCCAAAUGAAUACAUAAUGGAUCAUUUAGGUAUGCGCAAACAACAGCAACACACAGAGGUGCUAUUUGCUCUGCAGAGCAGUUUUGGAUACAUGUAACCCUUAAACUCUGAUUUAGAUUGUGUCUUUUUGUCUCACUUGCAAAGAUUUAGCACGCGCAAAAGAUCCACAAUCAUUUUGUGAAUACGCCUCUUUGUGACUCUGUGCACAGGGGUGAAAUGCAGUGUGCUUAGGGAGUCUUGUUAGUCUGCAGGGUCAUUGCAUAAUAUUCCACAGUGAACACAGCAUUCCUUUAUUUUUGAGGAAACAAUCACAUUGCCUUUUCUCUGGAGCAGGUGGACUUUGCAUCCUAUAUUUAAAAAAGCAGCUGUAAAAAGAAAGAGAUAAAAACAUAUCACUUCCACCACAAUCAAUACCAAACGACUGGGACGCUUUCUGUAGGAGGCCUUUGUUCCAGAAACACUGUUUAGUUUCUUUGUGUUGAAUGUAAACAGACUCCAAAUGCCUUUUUUUUUGUGCGUCACUUAUAUCCUGUACGUUUAGCUCUGAAGACCAAAACUGUUUUCAAUCCUGAGUUGAGGCUCUGUAAAGUCUCUCAACGUCUCCAAAACAUCUACAUAAGGCACACCCGCGCUCAUGCACACACAUGCACACACACGCGCACACACACACACACACACACACAUACACACACAUACACACACACACACACACACACACACACACAGGGCUUUCAUCUAUAACUGCUCUUAGUGAUGUAGCAUAAAGACAGAUUAAGUCAGCUUAAGUCAAUGCAGGACUUUGACCCCGCAGACAUGAGUUUGUCCCUCAUAAAGUUACAAGUCAUGUUCAGUUAUUUUAAAAAGUACCCAGCCACAUGUUAGACAGAGAGAAUACCGGUGCUUAAAGGUGUGUCUGUAUAAGAGGUUGUGAUGAAACAUUAGUAUUGGAUCCCUGACAUGAGGUGUUGUAAGAACCCUGCAGUAUUUCUGUGAUAUCAGCUUCAACUCCGCUAUCAUAUUAAACACUAAAAACCUGAACACGCUCACCCUCAAGAAUAUUAGCCUGGGAGCUUUGCCUGCAUUAAUAUCAACAUGGCUGGAGGGGUUAAUGCUGUCUGAUCAGAGACAUUGAUGAAGCUGCACGAUGAGCCCGGUUGUUCCAAAGUUUUGAUCAGGAUAAAGAUGAACUGGAUUUGGGAAUCCACAUUUUUUUACUGUUCACUAUCAGUUCACCAAGUUUACUUUUUUCACUUUUUUAAGGACAACCUGGAGGAGAUCAACCUUAUCUAGACACAGAAGAUAGCAAAAUACAGAUUACCAGAAUUUCUUUUACACUUCUUGUAUCCACCAAUGGCAUUUUUUGGAGCCCCUACUUUCUGUACAAACCAAAGUAGUUCAGCAUUUUUAGCCCUUAGUGUCCUAAGUGCAGCAUCUGCUCAACUUUUGGAACACCACUGCGCCCGUCAAUGUCACUGACCAAUCAAAACCAAGAAGGGGUGGGACUUGUGAUAACAACUUUAAGACAAGGACGCGGUCAGUACAGAGAGACUAACCACACGUUUAUUCAAGGGCACAGCGUCCAGGUUUAGAGCAUCAAAGCUGCUGCUAAUGCUACAACAGGAUGUUCAAUUGUUUUACCUUUUCUUUGUAAAUAUAUAUCAUUGCAAAAAUAUUGUAUUCUUGACCUACUAAAAUAUGUAGCACAUUUUGAUCCUGUAAUUAAAGCUGAAUCCAGCCCACUGCUGGGACCAAGAUAACCCUGACUUGGGGGAUCAAAGGUAUCUCAAACCUGCUCAAAAAGGGUUUGAUCUGGAUAAAAACUAAGACUGAAUUACCUCAUCAAAUCUGAUAUUCGUUUUCUUUUUCCUUUGAAAAACCUCUUUAAAAGGUAGAUCACCUCUGAACCACUGGGCCCUAAGUCUGGCCAUUCUAACCCUAACACUAACUGAAAUGUUGGCUGCAGUUUCCCAUGUCACUAACUGAACGAUGGAUGAGUAACAAGAAGCUUCAGUGAUAAUGGCUCCUUUACUUCCGUUUUUCCAAAUACUUUAACCACUCUUCAAUUAACCAAAUGAUUUGAAACCGAUAACCCUUUCUGUUAUAAUUUCACGUUUGAUUUGAAGAGUUAUGUUUUGUUCCACAGUGGUGCUCAGAGGAUUUAGAUUUUUCUCUAAGUUACUUUUUUAAACUUGAGGAGCUGCUGCUUGAUUUUCUUACUCUAUCAUUCCAAGACAACAUUGUAUUUAAGACCACUCCAUUUUUAUUCCUUUGUUAAAUUGUUACUGUAUUUAUUUUAAGUGCCAUUUAGUUUGCAUCGUUCACACUAUGCAAUCUUUGUAUUUAUUAUGUGGUAUUAUUAUUUAGAUGAGGCUGCAGAAUGUGUGAUAAAUUGAUUUGGAGACUUAUUCUCAUAGUAGUUAGCACGUAACAAAUGAUUUCAUUUCUGCUGAAAAUGUCUUAAAGCAACCUCAGAUGAGUCUUUUUCUUCCCUGUACCAAAACUGAUGACGGUGAUGGCAAAGUCUGACAGUAUUUAUUGUGAGGCAUACAAUCAUAUUUGUGAGGGAUUUCCAGAAUGCAUUUUGAUAUUUUUCUUUCCUUGCUGAAAACUUGAAGUUCAUUUUGUGUUUUUGCAGUGCUUAAGGCAAGGGGGUAGUUUUUAUGACAAAAAAAAAAGAUGCAAAUACGUAUGAUGAUGGCAUUGUGCCUUUGCUGAUAAUGAUAUGAUCUAAUUGUUUAAGUCUGAGAGGAGUCAGGAAACAAAAACAACACAUUCAGCUCAGAAACAAAAUCCAGAGUUGUUUUUUCACUAUUGGGCUUUGAAUGACAUAAUUUCUGUUGCUUUAUCACCUGCCGUAGACCUGCCUCUUCAGAGUGAGAAUGUUAACAUGUAUCAUGUACAUUAUGAGGUCAAAAUAAAAAAAUAUUGAAUUUA